GGAAGUUUACAGUUAGGCAUUUUUCAGCACUGCUGGACACGUCAAAAUUAGUCGAGUUCAGUGUUUAGUUUGACAAGAAUUUAACGUAAACAUGGAUGGUCAAUUAUUGGAACCUACAUUGUACACGGUCAAAGGAAUGGCUAUUCUCGACAAUGAUGGCAACAGAAUUCUGGCAAAGUAUUAUGACAAGAAUGUAUUUCCAACGCCAAAAGAGCAAAAAACCUUUGAGAAGAAUCUGUUUAGUAAAACACACAGAGCCAUGGGCAGUUCGCAUGAAAAUGAGUUGAUUCUUAUGAGUGUCCUCAACUGCUUGUACGACUCUGUCAGUCAGAUUCUCCGCAAGAAUGUCGAGAAGAGAGCAGUAUUGGACAGUUUGGACAUAGUAAUGCUAGCAAUGGAUGAGAUUUGUGACGGCGGUAUAAUUCUGGAUGCGGACGCGUCAAGUGUAGUGCAGAGGGUAGCAUUGCGAACGGAUGACAUUCCACUUGGGGAACAAACAGUAGCACAGGUAUUGCAAUCGGCGAAGGAACAACUUAAGUGGUCAUUAUUAAAAGUGCUCCUGUUCCAUGCCCAAGUACCGAAACCUGUUCUAAUCUAACUUUGGAUGUGAAGAGAAACGAAAUAACGAAAUCUACUUUAUCCAUAGUAAAUGCAGAUUUUCUUAUCAUAAAUUGGUAA